AUGAACAAUAGGGAUAUUGAGGCGGGUGAUCAUCAGUAUCAUGAUCUUGAGCUGCCUCAAUAUCCUUCUAUUAGCUCAUCAGCUGAUCAUGAUACUGUGAUUAAUGAUGACUAUUUUGAGCUCGACGAAUGGCUUGAGAUGGAAAUAGUAGGCUAUGGAGACAUGGAAACAGACGGUGAUGGUAUUGAGCCAAUUGAGGAUGAACUUUAUAGGAGUUUGUUCGAAUCCAUGGAAACAUAUGAGGCCACGACCAAACCCGCAAGUAAAUCUGCAAUAGAAAAGUUGGAGAAAGUGAGACUCGAGAGUGUGGAAGCUGCGAGACAUGCCGGCUUAUGUGCUGUUUGUAUGGAGGACUUUGAAGCCGGAAAUGAAGCUACUCGCUUGCCUUGCUUACAUUUAUAUCACCGACACUGUGUUGUUCCCUGGUUGGAGAUCAAUCAUCGAUGCCUGAUGCCGCUUCCCCAUGCCACUUGGUGA